AGGACCUGCAGGAGAGCGAGGUGUGUCAGGACGAGCUGGCUCUGAGGGUGAAGCGGCUGAAAGAGGAGCUCGUUCUCUUCAAAGGACUCGUCAGCAACAACCUGUCAGAUCUGGACACUAAAAUCCAGGAGAAGGCCAUGAAGGUGGACAUGGAUAUCUGCCGCCGGAUCGACAUCACCGCCCGCCUCUGUGACGUUGCCCAGCAGAGGAACUGCGAGGACAUGAAUCACAUCUUCCAGGUAGAUCCACGGCCACAAAAUGUCCUGAACCGCCGUCUGCUGCAGCUGUCAAACCAACCCGUCUCCACGCAGCAGGUGCCCACGCCGCCCUCCACUUUGAGCCGCCGGGUCCGAAAACACAGCGGGCAGUCGUCGAAGGGCGGGGACGGAGACGAGCUCAGCGUGUCGGAGAGCGAGGGAGGUGGGGCCAAAAGCGAGGAUUCGUGCAGCACGUCGGCCAAUCAGAUUAAUGAGCAGAUGCAGAAGAUGCUGAACCAGCUGAGGGAGUGUGAGUUUGAGGAUGACUGUGACAGUCUGGCCUGGGAGGAAACUGAAGAAACUCUUCUGCUGUGGGAAGAUUUUCCAGGAUACACACUGGGAGUGGAACCACAAGGAGAGGAGGAGUCCAUUGAGGAAGUGAUCAAAGACACGGAGUCUCUGUUCAAAUCCAGAGAGAAGGAAUACCAGGAGACCAUCGACCAGAUCGAGCUGGAACUGGCCACAGCGAAGAGCGACAUGAACCGCCACCUGCACGAGUACAUGGAGAUGUGUUCAAUGAAGAGAGGCCUGGAUGUCCAGAUGGAGACCUGCAGGAGGCUCAUCACACAGAGCGGAGAAAGGAAGUCCACCUCGCUCAUCUCGCUGACGGUGGAUGACUCUGACAGUGAGGAGAAGGACAGGAAGAAGCCGGCGCUCCCCUCCGACUCGGAGAUCAGCGACUCCUGCUGCGGCGUCAACGCCGCCAUCCCACCUCUGACCUGGAGGAAACCCUAACAAACGCUUCCUCUGAGGAAGAACAAUGCAGAGCUUCCACACGUCUAAAAUCAUGUCUCUGUGAUUUCUGUCACAUUUUAAGUCUCCAGUGUGAUUUUUACUGAUCGUAAAGUCAGGCCAACAUGGCAGCCGGAGAUUCAGAGCCAAGCGUGGAGGUUUUUACUGCUUUAUGAGGAAGAAGAGCUUCUCCUUACUGAUGAACCUGUAGUUUGUUUGCAAUAUUAGUUAUAGUAUAUGAAGUCAUUUUAAUUAUAAAAGCCGCAAUAGUAAUAGAGUGUGUGCGAGUGCUGCCCUCACAUGGUUACCAGCUGUAACUGCACAUCUGGAGGUCAAAACAAAACUUGACUGCACUUUAAAGAAAAGAUGAGAUGCCUGUGAGCUGCAUUAUUGUGUUUGCACAGCGAGCUCACCAAAACUGUUGUUUGUAAAAUGUCUCUGACGCUGCAGGAUUAAAAGGACGCACAUACAGGCUGUAAUGCAGAAAGAAAGCAGUUUGCACAGCUCGCUGUUCCUGCUCUGUGUUAAAGUGCAGUGGUUUUAUAUUACACUGACGUUAGCAGCAGCUUCAAAAUGUUAAAGCUCACGUUUAAUUUGAUUCUUUGAUUAUUUGUAACUGUAAAGACAAAAAUCCAGUGAAAGACCAGCUCGCCUUAAACAGAUUUCCAGGACUUUUUUUUUGGGGGGGGGGCAUUUUGAAGGUUUGACCUUCACAAUAUUUACCUUACAGAAAUCUUACAUAGGUUUAUUUAUAUGCACUUCUUCUUGAAUUUGAAGUUUCUGCCAGUAUGCUUUGUGGUUGUUUGUUUGUUUGUGGCUAAUAGACAUUAGCUUAUGUUAGCUAACUAGUGACAGAAUCGUUAACUGCGGGGAAAAUAAUAACAUUACAAAUUUAAAAUGACAAAAAUCAGUUUAAGGGGAUCACAUUUGGGCUGCAACAAUGAGUUUGUUGUUAAGAAACUGUGUAUAUACUGUCCACUUUCACUGUCUGUGUCUUUAGUAGUAAGUCGCUAUUCGCUGUUUGGCUAGCAGCCAGCUGUUAGCCAUACUGUUCUGGUUUAUAAAGCACUUUAAUAAAUCGGGACAGUGUGGAGGAGAGCCUGUUUGAGUCACCAGACUCACAAGCUGAAGUUCACACUAAAGCCUUCACUUUUCCUCACUUUUAAUAUGAAGUAAUCCAGUCAGUGAGAUGAUGUGAGGAAAACACAUAAGGUUUCAAAAAGCGCUUUAUAAACCCGAACAUUGCGGCUAACAGCUAGAUUUUUCCGUUUGAGUGCAGCUAGCCAAUCAAUGAAAGCCAGUUACUGCUAAAGAGACAGAGGAUGAAAGUGGUAACAUCAGCCGUGAUAUUUGAACAGAUUUUGAUACUGUGUAGUAAUAUACAUGUAGUAAUAUAGAUAAUUUGGGCUUUUUGUAAGCUUUUGUACAGUUGUGGUUUCAGACCUCUCUCUCGCCUCCAGAUCCAUUUCAGUUUGAAAACAUCGAACAGGAUCGGUUUGACAGUGUAAAUGCCAGUUAGAUUUCUCACAUUUUCUACAGAUGAUGUGGUGCUAAAAGGUAAACUCUUAUAUUAUGACAGUAAUACUACUUUAAAAAGCAGGUUAAAUCACAGUUAAACUGAUUUAUUGUGGAAAUGCCAUUUUUUAAACCUCGGUCUUGAAGCAAUAUUUUUUACGUUAAAUAAUGUGGCAAAAUGUACAUUUCCACGUAUUUUGGUGUCUGUGUUAAGAUUCUAUCAGGAAUUAGUUCAGUAUUUUGGGGAUAACGUUAAAAUGGACCUAAACAAAUGCUCACGUGAAACAUGUUAUUAAAUCAGGGCGUCCACGUCCCCACAGGACAAAAGUUUAGACUGACAGUUUUUUUUUUCUACCCAUGGAUCUGUAUGAUGUCAUAGAGAGAGGAUAUCCUGAUACCUCCUACAGAAGCUAUCACACAGUUCACAGUUUAACUUGUAUGUCUUUUUAUGAGGGGCAGCCAAUCAGAAGAGGGUUGGCUAAUAGGGGGAGGAGCUACAAGAGACAAAUAAGGAUUAUUAUCAACUGAAUUAUGCAAAGCUACUCUAACAUAGCCCAAGAAUAACAAAUACAGAAAAAGGCCCCCUUUAAUCUUACACUUCAGGUAACACUCCCUUAUUUUAUGUUAUUUAUUCUUAAUACUGUUCAUUAACAAGGCAAUAAUAGGUGUAAUUUUCAGGGAUCGGGAGGUAUUUUGUCUUAAAGAUGAAGAUGCCACAUUAGGUGGGACAUACACGAGGAUCAGUCACUCUGUAGUUUAUUUUUCUUGCCAAUAUUAUAAUUCACUAACCUGAAAUCCAUUAUUAUUCCCACACAGCCCUGCUCUUAAACCUCUGACACAUCUGUAAUUUCGACUGAGUUAAUUAAAUGUAAAUAUGUAUUUUAGGGACUCUGUGUACAGUUUGUAAAGGACAAACACUGUAAUUAAUGUACAUACCAAUGCUGAAGUUGUACUGCUGCUGGAAGCUUCGUGGUGUAAAUUUGGCUGAAACGAUUCAUAUUUUUUACUUUAUUUUUGUGGGGUUUUGUGGCCUUGCUGUUGCUCUCAGCUAAAUCAGACCUAAUGUUAGUGUCUCAGCAAUAACGCCCGCAUCGGUGUAAAGUAAGAAAAGUCGAGCAAAAAGGCCUCCAGAUGUGACUCAAAGCAAAAAGAAACAAACGUGUACAGGAUGCUGCAGGAAAAGAGUCCUCAUCACAACUUUAAAUAUGACCGUGCUUCUGUCUUUGCUGAUGCUUUGAAUGUUUUUGAAUGUCAUCACAUCUUUGAUUACUUGAAUGUCUGCUUGUUAAGUAACCGGCCAUAUUCACCAGAGAAAAAACAGACCCAUUAAAGGAACAGUCUGACCUGCAGUUUUCUUCACUGAGCGCAUCAAAAACAUCCAAUUUAAAAUCGUUGUUCUUUUAUGUGAUCUCAGUGCAGGGAGAGAAAAGAGCAAGGAGUCAUUUUGUUCCUUUAAUGAUGAGAAAACAAAGCAACAAACUGCUAUCGUUCAACUUCAAAGCAAAGCUUUCACUCACCGUAGGAAACAGUGCAGACGCUCCGUUAGCCGAGCGCUUCGUAUCUAUAUUAUCUGAAUGUAAGUGGAAUCUGUGGAGAGAAACGUGAAUUUAAAGAUUUCAGGAAACAGAGGAAUGAAAGUGUGACUCGGAUGAAAAAGAAAAGGCAAAUAAUGGAGCUGAAGGAUGAAGCCGUUUGUAGGGAAACCUAUGAACGGAGUGUUUGAGCUGUCGGGGGUUCAGGUUUGAGUGGUGCACAGAGCUGUAUGUAUGUUUGAUGAAGAGAUGAGCAGAAUAAAAUACUUUGAA